AUGGUUAAAGCAAGAACCAGACGUAACAAUCAUCGUCAAAGGGAGGAGGCACGUAGGCAGCAAGAUUUCUUACGACGUCAGCAAAUGGAGGAAGAGCAGCGAAUGCCUGGGUUUCAGGAUGUUGAAGGUAUGGAAACUAAGAAUGAAGACAUUGAGUUACCAUUUUUUGAUCUGGACACUAUUGCAAUUGCCACUAAGAACUUCUCUUCCAAAAAUAUGAUCGGAGAGGGAGGUUUUGGUCCUGUUUGUAAGGGUAAGGUAGCAACGGGACAAAAAAUAGUAGUCAAGAGGCUUUCGAAUAAUUCUGGACAAGGCCUACAAGAGUUCACAAAUGAAGUUAUUUUGAUUUCCAAACUUCAACACCGGAAUCUUGUUAAGCUAUUGGGCUGUUGCAUUGAAGGAGAAGAGAGGAUGCUAAUAUAUGAGUACAUGCCGAACAAAAGCUUGGACUAUUUCAUUUUUGGUCUAAAUAGAAGACUAGAACUUCCAUGGCAAAAGCGAUUUGAAAUUGCCAUGGGCAUAUUAAGGGGAAUUCUCUACCUUCAUCAGGACUCAAGAUUAAGAAUUAUUCAUAGGGAUCUCAAAGCAAGCAACAUUUUACUAGAUGAAGAACUAAGUCCGAAAAUUUCAGACUUUGGGAUAGCAAGAAGUUUUGGGAGAGAUCAAAUUAAAGCCAAAACAAAGCGAGUAAUCGGAACAUAUAGUUAUAUGUCGCCAGAGUAUGCCAUUGAUGGAAAAUUUUCAGUAAAAUCUGACGUCUUUAGUUUAGGUGUGCUUUUACUUAAGAUCGUGAGUGGCAAGAAGAACACGAAAUUUCACCAUCCUGAUCACUAUCAUUCUCUUUUGGACCAUACUUGGUUGCUGUGGAAUGAUCACAGAGUCCUGGAACUAGUGGAUUCAUGUUUGAAAAGUACAUACAUUGAAUCUCAAGUACUAAAAUGUAUUCAAGUGGGUCUACUAUGUGUUCAGAAACUGCCAAACGACAGACCAACCAUGUCAUCAGUAGUUUUUAUGUUGGGUAAUGAGGGGGUAGCAUUGCCUGAACCCAAACAGCCUGGUUUCUUUGUGGAAAGAAGUUUUAUUGAUUCAGAUUCAUCAACGGGUGAGAGAAGUCAUACUGAAAAUGCAUUGACAAUGACAAUAAUGGAACCCAGAUAGAAGUAGCGCCUAUUGCAUAAUGUUGUUGUAGUGAUGGAGUUGAUUCAUAUCAAGGAGAGAAAAAAAAAAAAAAAAAAAAAAAAAAUAUUGUAAUGUAUAUACGUGGAUUGUUUUAUUUGUUAAAUCAAAUUUUCUGAAAAUUUAGCUUUGACUGCUAUUCACCUAUUGUAAAGAAUUGGACAAUGAGAAGUGGA